AUGUUUACAAUUAAUAACGAAAAUUUGAUAAAUUUACACCAUCACAACAUUAGAAUUACUGAGCUUGAUUCAUCCUCAGUAUUAGAUAUGACUUCCCAACCACCUCGUAAAGUGAUACAUCUGUCCAAAGUCAGAAUGCUCAACCGUGGCAGAGGUUCCUCAUCUGCCAUUAGGAUAACAAAUAUCAAGUCUAUUAAACCACCAGACCCUGAAGUAGUAAAAAAGCAGGAAGAAGACAAACUAAGGGCACAGUUACAAAAGGAGAUAAUGUCCCGUUCCCGAUCUUGCGCCUACCGUGGCUACACAUGUCAUCUACCAGUGUUAAAUGGGCGACAGCACUGCGCGCGUCACAUUCUUCACGAAUUGGGCGCUCCAUACAAACAGUGCUUGCACACUUACGCUGGUGGGCAACGUUGCAAUAAACCAGCUCCUGCAGCAACUGGAUCGCAGUCCAGAGAUGCUUGGUUAUGUUUUGAACACGCGCGAGCCGCUCUGUACGCACGGCAACGUAGCGCUGCACCGCCACCGCCCGUCACCACUACUGAGACGUUGUUGAACCAACUCCAGCACUAUGUUCAUCCGGAACGAACACGAACAACUUCGUGUGCUUCUUCCGUUUCUGUUGUUAGUGAUCCUAUGGAACAGGAGCAAGUCACACCUCACGCCGUCGAUCCUUUUAAGCAGAUCGACGCAACGGCAGUGAACGCCGCAUAUUCGUCGUCCAUAAUGGAGUGUGCGAGUGCCAGCGACAGCGACUGCGACAGUGUCACCCUGGGCCCCGAAGGCAACUGUCGGGCUGUUCACGAGGACCACUUGUCCGAUGCAGAGGAGGCGCCAUGCGAGUUACAACCGCUUUGGCGAGCAGGUGUAUACACCGCAGAAGAAGCAGUGAGCGAGGCCAAAACGGUUUUGAAGUCCCUGCAAUCAGCCUAUAUAAGGCAAAUGGGACAUUUAAGAAUGCUACUCCAGUCUUCUAGACACCAGUACUUGAAAUCCUUAAAGGCUGAAAAAGAACAGUAUUGUAAUAUUAACACACAAGCUCGAAGCGGCCCGCUGACAGUACGCGAGAGAAGACAGCUUCGUAAGUUAAAGGCUUAUGCUGGCUACCACAGGAAACAUGGUGUCGACGCGGUGCUAGCAAGGAAGUUAUAUCACAAACGAGCUAAGGUGAAUGACACAUCAUCACACCGUCAUAUACCGUCGCAAGGGCGAUGCACAUUCACAGAGGGAGGGGUGCGCUGCUCUAACCAUGUAUUGCCUGCAGCUAAGCAUUGCCUCAAACACAUCUUACAUGACAGGCAUCAAGUGCUGUUCGCGGCGUGCGGGGACCCGCGCGGCUGCGCGUCGUGCGGCGAGCCCGUGGCGCGCCUGCCGCUGCCGCACUCGUGCCGCUACCACGCCGCGCCGCCGCCCUACGCAGUGUUCACGCUCAAGAAAGACGAAUCGGACAGCAACUCCGAAUCUCAUUCAAGUUCCGAUGCCUCCCAGUCAGAUGAUGAUCAGUACUUGGAAGACAAGACGGAGAUUGCAGUAGACAAUUUAUCGAUGGACCCACUACAGUAUGAAUGA